CUCUUAUUAUAUAAACUACCAAUACAUCUAUCUUCUUUAUCCUCUGCAGCAUAACAUGGCUUCAUCUCUUCGUUCAUUUGCAGCUGCCCUUCUCUUUGUGAUGCUGUUCAUGACCACUGAGCUGGGAAGAAACACAAUAUUGGUGGCGGAGGCGAGGAAAUGCGAAACGCCGAGCUCCAAAUACAAGGGGAUAUGUGGUCGGGACGGCAACUGCGCAUCGGUUUGCAGGACGGAGGGGUUCCCCCACGGCGAUUGCAAAGGGAUUAGGCGCAGCUGCAUCUGCUCUAAGCCUUGCUAAUUCAUCCAUCUAAGCUACCUAUAUACUGGCAGCUGGUAUGUAGUGUAGUGUGUAUGGCUAAAUAAUAAAUAAUGUUACAAAUCCAACGAAUUGAACCAUGGAGUCUUAGCUUCUAUGA